UGAGGUUAGUCGAGAGAAGGAAGCAGCUAGAGGCACUCACACCCCCAACUUAAGAGUUAGCGCCCUCUCCACUCUCACAACCACCCCUACAGGUAAACGAGAAAGGCUAACCAAACUCCGAGGGAAGAAAUGUUGCAGAAAACCACAUCGGGUGUAUGUAAACUGGUCGAAUCUGGUGGAGCAUCCACAAGUAAGAGCUACUAUCAUUCUUACCAGUCAGGACACAGAGGGAGAGUCACUCGCUGUACAAACAUGCCGAAAGGAUUUAAGUCCCUGUAGACGAGGCGAAUGUACCGUAAUUAAUAAGAGAACUAUAUCCACCACCUUGUCGUUUACGGAGGCAGGUGUACCCAAGACGUUGUAUCUUGAGUACGAGGAGGACAAGAGGUGUAAAUGUCUAGCACGGAGAGAGCCAGUUGAUGGAGGGACGAAAGACGUAGCGUAUACCCUUAACAUCACCAACGUUGCCGUCUGUGAUAAUGUGGAGUAUAUGUCACCAGUAUUAGGUGGAGUCGUUGAUGGAAGGGUGUCAGCAGAUGGUGAUGGUGGAAGAGUGUCAGCAAGUGGUGGUGAGAUGGCGGCUGAUGUGUACAGUAGUGUUUUUGUAUCCUGUGAAGCCCCAACGCCUCUCAGACCUCCAUAUAUCGUGACCAUUGUGUGUCGUCACUGCCCCGUGAAAAUCAUCGUCAGCUUCGAGCCAAAAGAGGAACUUUGGUCAAGAAAUACACCGGGAGACUCUCAUCGAAGUGAACGAGGAUUAUUUACCAUCCUGGAAGUCGAUCGAGAAGACGAACAAAAGGGUUCCAUAAUUCCACACCAGUAUGGAAAACUGGAACUGCCGCACCCUGGAGAUCACCGGUAUGAGAUGCGGACGGAGGACAACUGGGUCGGUCGUGUUUCCUACGUAGAGGCGGGUUGUGGUGGCAGUGGUUAUCUGUUGACCAACCUGACCGAAGAUGGCGCAGGUGGGAGCUUCUCGUGUACCACAGCGGACGAUAGUGAACAGUCCCGGAAAAAGACCACCAAAGUCAAGAAGAGACCCACGAAUCCCCAAACACCGACACUCACUUACACAUCAUGGCCGGACCUGAAGACCCACCUGGAGGUCCAGUUUCCCCACAACGUCAGCCUACCUGAAGAUGUGAGAGGAGUCCACCUGCCCGUCCGUCGCUGUCUUCCGGAGCUUCACCCCUGCCCGAGUCCUCGCCACCACUAUCUACCUGACAAGAGACAUCUUCGGAAGGUGUUCAUGCGUCUCAAACCUCGAGGACAACUCAAUAUUGAUUUGGAUUUGAAGUUCAAGGAGGAUGUGGCUUGUCGAUGUAAAGAAAGGAGUCCUUCCUUGUCUUCUUCCUCUGCUGCUUCCAGUCUGUUGAUGCCGCCCUUACCACCAUUAUCUAACUCACUCAACUUCAUCGAUGUCCAGCUCAGAACUGUUCCAAACAAAGUGACCCGCUGUAAACCCGUCACCAUGUACGUGCCUUGGGAGGAUGUGAGAAAUUACAUAAAUACGGUGGUGAGAGACCUGAUGAUACCACCUCAUCACCGGGCAAGACCACUCCCUGUCAAACGCUGCCACCAGACACUAGCGCCUUGUGAGAAACCCGACUACUACUGUGGAUUAGUGUUGGAUGGUAGAGCAUCGAAGAAAUUGUAUUUGUAUGGUAGAAAUGUCACUCUGCAAGUGGGUUUUUAUGAGGACAAGAAGUGUGAGUGUAUGAGUGAGGAUCGGUAUAACAUUCUGAGGGAUCAUAGUCUACCAGGUGUUCCGGUUAUUACUUAUGUAAAGGUAAUAAGAGACAAUUUAGUUUAGAUAAUAUUACCGCCAAAAAGGCAGCACAUAGAGAGGCGAAUUACAAGCUGUAUUGGGUAUAGCAAUUGCCUACCUGUGGGUCUACAUAUUAGCCAAUCAUUGUAAUCUAACCUAACCUAACCUAACCUAACCUAACCUAACCUAAUCUAACCUAGUCUGAUUUAGUAACAAUAAUUGUCCUGAAUAGAUAAUGAAAAUGUUGUAAAGUCUUCGGACAAAAAAAAAUUAACAGAGAACUAAACUUUUCUUUAGGUUAGGUUAGGUUAGGUUAGGUUAGGUUAGGUUAGGUUAAGUUUGGUUUGGUUAAUUUAGGCGACAUCAGGCUUCAUAUUAACCUUUGAUACCUGACGUAUAUAAGGAGAGCCUGUGUGUGUGUGUGUGUGUGUGUGUGUUAAGAAGACGUUUAUGGUCUAAGCAACCGUAAGUUUAUGUGUGUAAAGGAGAUGUUUUAUUAUGCCUUUUCAAUACACCUACACACACACACACACACACACACACUACAUCCCUGACCACCGGAGGGUCAAGAUCUAUUGGGCGCCCAGUUCUGCAUCGGCAACUGCCCCCGGCCAAUGUUCGGCCCAAUCCUCAACAUAAUGCUGUCAAAAGUGACAAUUUCGUUUCGGAAUGAAGUGGGAUCAGUGUUGAACGGUGAUGAACAGUGUUUAGGCCAGUGAAUUCAACACCAGACA